AUGAGCGGUUUCAAUCUCACGUUUUUCGGAGAAAACGAAGACGCGGAAGAAGAGUCCGGAUCAGAGUCAGCAGACGAAGGACCGCCUGAAAAGAGUCAAAAGACAGCAAAAAAGGUAUAUGCACAGCAAUUCAGACAUCAGUGGUUAGAGGAUCCAGAAUUUAAGGAUUGGUUGGUACGCCCGCGUCCUGGGGAAAAUGCUUGCUCCUGCAAAUUGUGCAACAAGUCAGUAUCGUGUCGGAAGACUGCUCUUCGACGACACACUCAAUCUGCACAACACAAAAGGGCACUUUCAGAGAUAGCGGCUGGACAAAGACAAGGCAACCUUGUUGAAUGCCUACAACGUCAAAACGAAAUCACCACCUAUAAAGAAACAACAGAGGCUCGAAUGUGCUCCUUCCUUGCACAGCAUAACCUGCCAUUGCAAAUCAAAUUAUAUUGUGUAUUCAUGAUAGUCAUGAAUCAGCUGAAUGUUUGUCACUUAUCAUUUUCAACACAAGUUGAACCAAAUGUGCACAAAACCAGGCAAAAACAAUUGAAACAUAAGUUCCAUGUACUUCCAUCUAGCUUGACCAAUAUUUCAAAAAAUUCCCCAAAAAUUUCCCCAAAAAAUGCGAUUCCCCAGAUCGCUCCCCAAAAAUCCGCCAAUUUCCCCGUUUUGGGGAAAUUUCCCCAAAAGUGAGAGCCCUGGUGACGAAAUUAGGCUGUCUCCCUCGCAACAGCGCGAGAGGGAGAUAAUACGUUAUCUACCGGCGAAUAACAAAAGAAAUCACGUGCGACCUUUGGACAUGCCUAGUACGUAAUUAAAACUUUCGCUUUAAGUAACUGCAGUGUAGCCAUUGUUUAUAUAACGUUUUAACAAUAAAAUAUUUCAUGUGUUUACGUUCAUUUGUUCUUUAAUUUCUUGUUUCUUUGACUAUUGAUAUAUAAUAAAACACUUAUUUACUGAGACCUCGGGAAAGCAGUGUGUUUUGUGGACCCUCGAACGUAGAUGUUUCCCUCGGCUUCGCCUCGGGAAACAUCGACGGUCUCGGGUCCACAAAACACACUGUUUCCCUCGGUCUCAGUAAAUAAGUGAUAACUAUUAUAUAUACACAAGGUCUGGAUAUGAGGUAUUCUGCAAUCUGAUUGGUUCUCUACUGGCCGGAUAUUAGCUCAUGUCCUGCUAGUAGCGGAAAAACAAAAUGGCGGCUCAAACUGAAUUUAAUUUCCGUUGUUUUGUCGGGACUGACAGAACAGAUAAGCCAAUUCUAUAACAUUUUUCAUAGCUAAUAAUUAGUGCAUGACGUAGCCUUAUAAUGAUAGAUUAGAGGAUACAGUUUCAAACAUUUAAGUUAGGCGUAACAGGUACAGAGAGUUAGUGUGAAGUGAAUCUUAGUCACACAUGGAAUCACACAUGGAAUCACACAUGGAAAACACUUUUCGUACAAGUUCUUGAUAGGCAUGCCCCAAUCAGGGAAAAGAGAGUCAAAAGUAAACCAAAUGUUCCUUGGCUCACUAGUACAAUUAAAAAACAAAUCCGCGAACGCGAUCGCCUUAAAUCUCUUGCUAUUAGACAUAAAUCCGAAAAUUACUAGAACGCAUACAAAACCUCUAGAAAUCGCGUAACUGAUGCAUUGCGAGAAACAAAGCAGCAUAUUAUAAAGGAGAAUUUAAGAAAGUCAAACAUGAUCCCAAACAAGCAUGGAAAACUGUGAAUAAAAUCCUAAACCGUAAACAAGAAAGUAGAGAAAUAAAUUGUCUUGAAACACAGAGAGGACAAAUUUCACAUCCAACGGAGUUAGCGGAGUGUUUUAAUAAUUAUUUCACCAAUAUUGGUCCAGAUAUUGCCAAAAAUAUCGACAAUGGUGACAGAAAUUUCAAGGAUUACAUCACGACAACAACUAGUAGCUUUAAUUUUCAAACAGUGUCUGAGUCGAACAUAUACAGACUUCUGUUAUCUCUAAAUCCUCGUAAAUCUACUGGAAUUGACAAAAUCCCUGCUAAAAUUAUUCGCAUUGCUGCUCCUGUAAUUACAAACUCAUUGACAAAAAUUUUCAAUAUGGCCAUUACAAGUGCAACUGUUCCGUUUGAGUGGAAAAUAGCAAGAGUCACUCCCAUAUUUAAAAACGGCCCACGAAACUUAUUAAACAACUAUCGCCGCAUUUCUAUCCUCCCUGUAGUAAGUAAACUUUUUGAAAAAGUAUUAUACGAACAACUCCAUGAGUAUCUUGUUACACAGGAGUUGUUGUCCCCUCGUCAAUUUGGUUUUAGGAAGUUUCAUUCUACAUCUUCUGCUCUUUUAGAUAGUACAAAUGAAUGGUUUAUUAAUAUGGACCGUGGUUUGUUUAAUAUAGCUGUUUUUCUGGACUUACAAAAGGCGUUCGACACCAUAAAUCAUGACAUCCUCUUAACGAAACUUGAUCUUUAUGGCCUACAGAAGCCAUCAUUAAACCUUUUAGGAUCCUAUUUAGCGAAUAGAACCCAAAUGUGCUCCGUUAAUGGCGCUCUGUCGGGCACGAAGUUGGUUACAUGUGGAAUCCCUCAAAGUUCAAUUCUUGGCCCACUCUUAUUCUUGAUCUACAUUAAUGAUCUGCCUAACAGUUUGGAGUACGCGUCGACAAGAAUGUUUGCCGACGAUACGACUCUAACUGUAUCUGGCAAGUCAAUCCAAGAUGUAGAGGUGGCCAUAAAUCAUGACCUUACCAACGUUAAACAAUGGCUUUCUGCAAAUAGAUUAUCUCUUAAUCUAGUCAAAACUGAGUAUCUACUAAUAGGAUCUCGGUUCAACAUAAAUAAUUUACUUGCUGCUCCAAAUGUAUUUGUUGGUGAUACACCAAUUAAAAAGGUCAAAGAAACAAAAGCGCUUGGAGUUCAUAUUGACGAGUUUCUAUUGUGGGAUAAGCAUAUUGAUAAAAUUGCUAAGAAGAUUUCAUCCGGAAUUGGGGCGAUCAGAAAGCUAAAAUCUUGUGUGGAUCAUAAUACAUUAAUUUGUGCUUAUAAUGCACUUAUACUUCCACACCUAGAUUAUUGUUGCGAAGUUUGGGACACCAUUGGUGCCACACUUUCUGAUCGACUCGAGAAACUACAAAUUAGGGCAGCUAGAGUUAUUACUGGCCAUAAAAACGAACAUGGUCAAUCUGAACUUGCUCCAGACGAACUGAAAUGGAAACCUUUAAGUGAACGCAGAACACAUUUCGUAGCAAGUCUUAUGUAUAAAAUAACUCGCGAACUGGCGCCAAAACGACUAACCAAUAUUUUUCAAAGGACGUCUUCCUCUUAUUACUAUAAUAUGCGAGGCUCUUCCACCAAACUCUUUUUGCCCAAACCUAAGACUGAAUAUCUUAAAAAAAGUCUUAGUUAUAGAGGAGCGAAAUUGUGGAACAGCCUUUCUGAUGAAGCAAGAAACAAACACACACUCUUGCUUCGUUUAAUUCAUGUAUACGACACCUGGCCAAUUAAUUAAUUGAUUAACUAACUAAUUAAUAAAAUAAUUACGUUAAUUUAAAAUAUUGAACAGUACUGACAUUAAUUUAAUUUGUAAAUAAUUAUAUACUAGUUGUAUUUGUAAAUGUAUUGUAAUUGUUGUUAACUGUAAUGUAAUGUAAAGUAUGACCAUAAUUUGUAUCAAUUGUAUUUUUUUAACUAUUUAAAUCUACGCCCCCCUUGGAAAUCAGCCUUCGCUGUAGGGGUUAGCGUAGUUAAAUAAAGUUUUACCUACCUACCUUUACCUACCUACCUAGUGUGAGACAGAGUGAAUGUAACAACAGUGACAAGUGUCAUUUGUAUAGCCCGUGCGCUAAUUUGGGAUCGUGUAUCGUGAUUUGUGAGAAUUUUACCUUUUUAUUCAUUAUUUUUAUUUGUGGAUAUUUUUAAUAAAACCUAUAAACCAAAAAGAGUGAUUGUGUCGAGAACUACAGUUCAACGGAGGGAACAUUUUCGACAUAGUGGCACCUCCGACGGGAUAAGUGUACCGCCAGUUUAUUCAAAGAACAUUAAAGUGAACACUUGUACGAGAAUGGAGAAAGAGAUGACGGACCUGGAGACGAAGUUAACGCAACUAAGAACUGGAGUUGAAAGACUUACACAAGCCAUUCUUGACUCAGGUAUAAGCGAGUAGCUAUUAAGCGGCACCUUGAGGCGUUACAAACUACUGCAAAAGAAACGCACGAGUGCAAACGCACUGUUGAGGCAGCUAAAAUAACCGAGAAGGAAGAACUUUCGAAAAUUAAUUAACGAAUUGAGUGACGAAAUUGACCACAAAUUUGACAUAGCUGACGAGGCUAUGAUGCGACUUGAGAAAUGGCUCGUCGACGCGGAACGAGCAGAAAAGUUUGUAACGCAGGAGGAGCAGUUUAAAUACGAGUUAAAGUUGCAAGAGAAAAAGUUAGAAAUGCAAGCUGAACUUGCGAAGCAGUAA